AUGGCGCCGUUGUUUCAGCCGUUGUUAAUAGGAUUAAAUACCACCUUUAAGGCAGGGUUUCAAAUCGUGGUCGCGGUUGCUUUUCGGUUAUUUCGUGUUUACCGUGAUGUGGCCGUCGCGGAGCCGGUUUACGAGUCUGUCGAGGGCUUUAUACGAUGGACCAAAAGUGUGACAUUGGUUCCCAAGUAUGAUGGACUUCAACUGCACAAUACGCUUGGGGACAAGAGGCUUACUGAGACUCUAACCAAUGUGAUAAUUCCCUCUUUCGAUAUCAAGCUUUUCCAGCCCAUAGUUUUCUCCUCCUCAAAGGCCAGACGUGAUGAUUCAGAGAUGCUUCAUUAUCAGAUGUCUGCAUCAGCACUUCUGCAGCACCAUAUUUCCUUCCCCCUUACUAUUUCGAAAUCAACUCAUCCAAAGACACCAAGAAAUUCAACCUCGUCGAUGAUUUUGUUAGCAAUAUCCGAGGUGACCAAAGAGGGGUGUUUAAAAAGUAAUGAAGUUUCAAGCUUGAACACCAUGGAUUUCGAUAAGUUUCUCAUUCUUUCGCUCUGGACUGGAUCGUCGGAAAGGGAUGAAAAGCUUGAGUUGGAGAUGGAAAAAGAUGGGGACUUUUCAGAUGGUUCAUGGAGCCUAAUGGAACCAACCCUUUGUUCGAUGUUGUCUUGA